AGGAGACAUUGCUAUACAGCUGAAAAAGACGUCAAUACCGGCUCUGUUCAGAAGAAAAAAGAAGACCGUUGGUAGACCACGUUGCCUGAGCGCACUGACUUUUGAAUUUGGAACAUAUUCGGUUAGCAGUUUGUGACAGUUUAUUUUUUUUCGGUAUAUUUUUUUUUAAAUGACAACACUAUUGUUAUGUUAGCUAAAGGUUCUGACAUGAUUACGUGUUCUUUACAAUUUACCGGUGCGUGAGUGAAUACAUGAUUAUGUACAACACGUCACCACACAGCAGAUAAAGUAAUUUUUAAUUAACAUAAAAAUACUUUACAGACAUUUGACAAGGUUAUUUAUUAUAAGUAACAGUUCAGUGAAGUCUCCGCGGAAAAAAAUAUUUUUCGGAUUUACUCACGUUAAGAAAUAAACGUGUUCGAUUUAAAAAUGACUCGGCUGAGUUUGCUGCUGGUGAUUUCGUGUCAAAUUGCGACGUUAACACCAAUUUUGGGCGUCAGAGGCGAUGACGAAAACCCGUACAUGCAAUUGGCGUCUUCCUUCCUCCAGAAUAUGGCGGAUAGUGGUAACGAAAAUGGACUGGGAGCUUUGGGAAGUAUCAUUGGAACGUUUAUGCAAGGUGACGCUGCAAAGAACUUAGGAGCAAUGUUAGGACAGAACGGGAAUGGUGGAAAUAAUGCUGCUGACAUGUUAUCAGGACUUGGCAGUUUACUGGGUGGACAACAAGAUGGCAAAGUGGAUCCAGCAUUUGUUCUCUCCAUGAUAUCUAUGAUCGGUCAGCAAUUGGGAAAGAGCGAGCAACCUAAAAAACAAAAAAGGCAAAUUCAGGAAUCGGACGGUUCAAACAAAGUAGAUCCCGAAUUUUUGCUUUCAAUGAUAUCUACGUUUGCUCAGCAACUGGGAAAGAGCGAGCAACCUAAAAAACAAGCGAGGCAAAUCCAGGAAUCAAACGAUUUAAACCUGGAGGGUAUAUUGAGUAUGGCUUCUGGAUUGCUGGGCAAUCAAAACGUCGCUAGUAUACUCCCUGUCAUAUUGAACUCCUUGAAUUCGUUCUCGGAACCAGAGACUAAGAAACGCGCGGAGGAACACAAAGAUCACGCCUCCUUCCUCCCUCCUUAUUUGGAGAAGGUCCAUUUGUAUUGGGAUCUGUUUAUUAAUUCAGAGCUUGGAAAGACCAUGUGGGAGAAGAGUGGGUUGAGGAAGGUGAUGAAAGCGUUCACAGGGCCUGACGGAAAGAUCAGUUUCGAGAUGAUGUUCAAGAAUUUCGAGAAUCGCUCGUUUAGGAGGCACUGGAUCAAGACGGCGGCUAAAUAUCUAACGGACGCUUUUAUGCAGAUAGCUAAACCUGAAGUUUAUCAAAGAUAUCUCAGUACUACGCAGUACAUCCUCAACGGUUUCAUGGAUACACAAGGGCUGCCCAAAGAAAUCCAUUUCGACAUGAAGAAACCUGAUAAGUCAUUCGUGAAACUUAUAAACUACGCACUGAAAAAGUACAUGGACAUACACACUGAUGUCUCUGGAUACAUCAAACCUGCUAUGGAUUACUUGAAGCAAACCAUCAAAAUGGCGGAGGCUGCGACACAGAACCUCGCUAAAGGUGGCGACACCAACCUAAUAGUAGACCGACUCACAGACACCCUCAACCUGGAGGUCAUUGAACCCGUGCUGAGGGUAUACAGAGCUUAUAGACACUCUGUGGAGGCGCCGCAUUGCCAAGAACAUCUUAUGUGCUUGGUCAACAGGCACGAUAGUCAGAAAGAUGCCCCUGGCUUCAAGGCUGGCUUGACGAAGGUCAGCAGUUUAAUUGCGUCCGCCGCGAUCAGCUACCAAAAUGGGAAAGGAUUCUGGGACCUUUACAGCGCUAUACAGAACGACGUGAACUGCGAAGCUGCUUACCCCGCCGACUGUUCAGCAUUCCAUGAACACGAAUUAAAAGUGACUACAGAGGUUUAUCAUAGUGAAUUAUAAAAAAAAAACUAUACAAAGGGAAACUCGUUACUAUUUAAGUAUUAAUAAAAUGUAUUGUAUUAUGUGUUGUAUGUCGUAGGUAGGCAAAAUAAAUUAAUAAUCUUGAUAGUAUUUAUAGAAUUAUUAUUGUCAGAAUAGGGGUGAUGACGGGGUACAGUAAACGAAAUUCUAUUUAGUCUGUCAGUUAGAGGAUCAAAAAAUAAUGGAAACGUAUUUUUUCUUUGGGCAAUCAAAAUUUGGGAGUAGGGGCCCGUGACGUCACUUUUGAGUGAAAAUUGUACUUGUUUAAUUGUAAAACGUGACGUCAUGCGAAUUUUCAAAUUAAUAUAUCUCUGCAAUGUUUAUAUUAUGUGAAAAAAGAAAAAAUACGUGUCCAAUACUUUUUGGAUAAUCUACCUGUUAUACGAAGAAAAAAAAUCAUCAUCCCUAUUAUAAUAUUAUUUGUUAGUUUCCCUGUCUACAGGUAUAGAAAAUUAUUUUGAAAUUUAAUAGUGUAACAAUUGUAAUUUUAAUGUAAAAAAAAGCAAUUGUAAUGUACUAAUUUUAAUAUUUACUACCUACUUAAUUUAGUUUUACUUCGUGAUAUCUAAGAAAUGUAGCUAAAUAUCUAAAAUAUAAGAAUUUAAAUAAAAUGAAUUUAUGAUGAGUAAAUAUGUUUGCAAUGUUAUUAUUUUAUUAUUAUAUUUUUUAAGAUUAGCAAACAUUAGAAAUAAAUUAUAUAAGUGAUUAGAUUUGCUGGAUAUAUUGGUGCUAAAUAAUAAUUUCAUUAUGUCGUAAUAAUAAUGUUUCAAAAACUUGAAACACUAUUUUCAACUCUUAUUUGUUUCAAAUCAUUUCAUUUUCAUGCACUAAAAACAUCACUUCUUUAAACAAUAUACUUUCAAAUAUUUAAAUAAAAAUAACCAUUUAUCUUCAUUUAAGUUAAAUCAUUUUAAUUACUGUGAGCUCCCUACAUUGCACAUCUUUUUUAAUAUCACAACGAAUUCGUAAAAUUAAAAUACUUAAGUAACUUGAAAAAAAUUAAGCUUCAUACUUCCUUACGAUAGCUGGAAACCCUUUUUUCGAAAACAAGAUGGAGCCAAACAUUCAUUUCGAUCUUCAUUCACCAAUUUCAUAAACUAGUGUAGUUAUAUAAUAUCUGGUUGUGAAUCUUUAUUAUUGAGUAAAUAUUUAUUAUUCAGCGUUUUUUUAUCUGUUCUAAAAAUAAGAAUUGACUUACCUAUAAUGUGACUGUACUUAAGUGAGUAAAUAAAAGACUUCAAUUCAGUGAAUAUUUUAUUUAUUUUAAUUAGGUAAUUGGAAGGAAUUCGUCAUUUCGAAAGUAUUCGAUACCUUAUAAGCUUAAAGAAUUGUGACUAUAACGCAUAAUUAUAUUAUUAGUGAUUAAGUAUUACAUACGGGGUGUAAAAAAACCUAUGACAAAGACUUAAACUUCGCAUUCUGAACACCCAAACAAGACAUAUUAUUACAAAAUAUUAUAGGUGGUAUAAAAUUUGUAUUUUUAAGUUAAAAAAAUACAUUUUUUUCUCCAGUACGCAAUGUAUAGCGCGGCACUUUACUGUGGCGCUACGCAAAGAAUGUGCCUGUGUGUAUGACUGAGCGUGUGUGAAAGUGCGUCGAUAAAAAAGUUUCUAAAUAACGUUUUGAAAAUCAUCAUCAACAGUCUAUCUUAGUCCACUGCUGGACAUAGGCCUCUCCAAUUGCACGCCACUCAGAUCGAUAUUGGGCUAAUGAAAAUACAUAUUAAUGUAAUAAAUAUUGAAAAAAUAUUUUGGCUUGGAUCUUCAAUAUUUGCAUAACCAUAAAUUUACCAGGUAUGGUCCAGAAGAAAAAAAUGAUCGUCAUGGUGUGGAAAUACGUGGCCUCCUACUUCGUUAUAGGUUUUUUUUUCACCCUGUAUAAUACUUAAUAUGGGUCUUUAUUUUGCAACUAAAUGACUAACCGAGACGCUUUCACAAAUCUGUUAAUAUCAUUUAAUAUAAUACACAACAAUAAUCAUUAUGAUGUAAGGAAUAGGUACUUAGAGGAAAACAUCUUGAGUAAUCGUUUUUAUUAAGGAAAAAUAGAAGUUUUUGUGUGUAAAACUGCUACUGCGCAGGAUUCGUUAUCUGUGGUUUAUGUAGUUUACUGAAGAUGUUUGUUGGAGUUUAUGUUUACUUCAGUUCCGUCCUCAUUUUUAUUAUAUUUUUUUCAUUCAUAGCGAAAGAUAUUACUUUAAAUCAAAUAUAGAAAAUAAACUCUCACGUCACAGUUUCCAUUUGAUUACAAUUUGACAGUUGACUUUUUUAUUAUUAUUAUCAAAUAAUUAGCCAGUUGCAAUAACAUAAAGUUUUAGAUAAAUUUGGAGACCCCUUAAACUUUUUAUACUAGCAUUUCACAUAAAUAAAUUUGACAAGUGUUACCUUCUUAUUUCAUAUAGAACAUAAGAAGGAUAUACUGCUGUCAACUUUGGUUAAAGCAAAUAAAUACCUACGAAUAGUAAUAAUGUCAAUGGGUUUUUUUUACAAUAUUAUUUGCUAUUCCUUGAAACACAACAAAAUUUACGCAGUCUUAUUACUAUAAGGUUGGUAUUUAUUUACUUAUAUAUUUGCAUCCGUUACUUUUUUAUUUGUCAUUAAUGCAUAUAUUUAUUUGUAAUAAUCUAACUACACACUAUUAGUUAUUACGCACUUAUUUCGGUAAAUCUAAAACUAAAAAAGAAAUGGACGGAUUCUUUGUAUUAUGUCUGUUACGCUCAAAGAUCGAAAACGCUCAGUGAGCGGAAAAAUAGCUCACAACGCGUUGUGGUCACAGUAAAACAUCCACAUGGCGAAAUGUGUGUUAUGGCU